UAAAAAUUUUAUAAUAUCUAAUACAACCCUGCGGUAAAACAGCUGAUUGCAUUUCAUAGCUUAUCUGCUACAAAUCAACGUAAACAAACGAAGUGGAAAAACGCGUAUGUGCAGAAGUAAACAAAUUGGUGGAUAAUGAAUGGAGCAUUGGAAUUGGUGCCUACACUACAUAAACCUUUGCAUUCCAAAGUAGCCAACUAUCUCAACAAUCAACGUCGUUCUGGCCAGUAUUGUGAUUUAAUAAUCGAAUUGGAAUUGGAUGCGGCUGGUGAUGAUGCAAACGCUGAAUUCGGACACUUUUGUGUAGUUGGCGCACAAAGUCGCUUCAUUGGUGGACCACAAUUCAUACAAAAAUCAUUACAAUUUUCCAUACACAAUCCAUUAAAAGUGACCAUAAAUAAUUUCAGUUGUACACAGUGUCUACACACCAUGAUGGACUUCUUUUAUGAAGAUAUAGUCUCCAUAUCAAAGGAACAUGAACCGCAUUUCAAGCAGUUGGCAAAGAUAUUAGCAGUGACUGAGUUAAUGAAUUUAUUUGAAUUGCCAGAUGAAUUAGUGCCCACUGUGGGGGGGAAUAAUAUGGCGGUAAUUAAACAAGUAUGUGAUGACCAUAACGACAAUGAGGUUGAAGUAAAUAAAGAGCCCAUGCAAUCAGUGACGGAGGAGAAACGCGAUGUCGAUUUAAGUAAUAAGGAUAUCUUUAAUGAACAGCGCAAUCUUUUCAAGCUUAAGAAUCCGCGCGCCACCAGCUCCAGCAGUAAAAUCAAUUAUUGCAUCGGUUGUGAUUUUAAAUGUUAUCGCGUGCAAGAAAUGAUUACACAUAUGAGCAGCUGCGAACCUUCUCACCUAACCUGUUCGCUAUGUGAAGUUGGCUUUCUGGCAUGGCGUGAGUACGAAGCACACAUCCAACACCAUCUGAGCAAUAUGAAAAAACCGUUCUUUUGUCUGGAGUGUGGUGCACGUUUUGUCAAUCGUGCGGCGCUAACCAUACAUUUACCCAAACAUACAACUGAAACACCGCAUCAAUGUCAACACUGUGGCAAAGGUUUCAAGUGGAAGCAAGGCUUGAACAGUCAUAUGUUAGUGCAUAAUAAAGAGAAACAAAUGCUUUGUGAUGUUUGCGGUUAUAGCACAACGCAUAUGAAAGCUUUGAAAUCACAUAAAUUACAACACACCGGCGAAUACUUUAAAUGUCCCUAUCCUGACUGUAAACACCAUACAAAUCGCAAAGAAAACCUACGUAUCCACAUGGAAACGCACAAACAAGAACGUCCCUUCGUAUGUGAAGUUUGUGGUUGUAAAUUUAGUCAAAGUAAGAAUUUGAAACGGCAUGCACUCAAACAUACCACCGACGAAAUACAUAAAUAUAAAUGUCAGUUAUGUUCGUUCAGUAGCCAUCGUUCGGAUAAAGUAAAGGAGCAUGUACAAAGAGUGCAUACAGAGAAGGAAGUACAAUUGGAAUUGCCCGAGAUAGUUGAGAAUGCUUUUGAAAAUAAUGUGUGUGACGAAUUCGAUUUACCACCGCUGACUGCAAUCGAUAAAAGUGAAGUAUUGGGUGUGAAUAUUGAUAAGGCUAGCACGAAAGAUGUAACAAAAAAGGGUCGAACGAGAAACAAAACCAAUAUUCUGACACAAAAGAAGCGGCCAAUACACAUUGCACCAAAACAUGAUGCAGUUGUUGCGUCAUUUACUAAUGUAUUAAGCAAUAUUAAUAAUAGUUAAAUAAAUUACACGAUUUAAAUGCAAUAAUUAGUGUCUGAUUGUAAUGACACUUACCUUUUAAUGUGCUUGGUUGUUUUCUG